AUGACUGCGCUCACUGCAAUGUACACAGACCUACUGCACAGCAUAGUGCAGUACUAUAAGAUAAAAGACAAAGAAGAGAUACUUUUAAACGUAAAUCAACUGGAAUAUGUAAAUACACAAAGGAGAACCAUUCUUGACCAGAUAUCCUGUAGACUAAUCCAAAUAAAACAUAAAAUACUCUAUAAUAUAACCAGAAACACACAAAUAUCACAGGAAACAGAAGAUUCCCCAGAUAUAAAAGACAUAUUCACAUGGCUAAACCCAUUGUAUGGGUAUAAAGAAUUCUUAAAGAAUAUUAAAGAGAAGAAAAGUGCGUGCUAUAAAUCACCCUACGAAGAAGCAGAAGUAAAAAGAAGAAUAGUAAAAUACUUAAAGACCCUCCCAGAAAGAGUUCUAAGAAAGAAUGUCUCAAGUGAAUAUUUCACUACCCACAAAAUAUGCACAAAAAACUCCAUCCCAAAAGAAAAAUCAAGCAAGACUCUUCUACACCUCAAAGAGAGCAAAGAAAUUCAACCAGGAAUACUAAAUAAGUCAUAUUGCAUACUCUGCAGGCGCACAAUAGCAGAUAAAAUGAGGACCAGGCAUAGUCUCUCAAAUGCCCACAAAGAAACAAAGGCAAUUUACUUGAAACUCGCCCUCCAUGAAAUAUCCAGAAUAGACUACCUCUACAGAAAAUAUGUAUUCAGGCACAAAGACUACAUAAGAAAUCUACUCAACAAAGAAAUUAAGCACACAAAAAUAAAAACCAUCAGGCUAGACAAGUACUUGCCCAGGACAAAGCCAGAAAGACUGAAAUACAACUGCGAAAUAUGCAAGAAAGUCUUCACACAAGAAAAAGAGUACUCUCUGCACUUUAUGAAAAAAGACCACAAAGCAGCCCUCCAUAAGCUAGGAGUAAAAGAGGCAAAAGAAUUCAAAGGACUGGCCACACAAGAAAGUGUAAUAAAAAGGCAAGAAAUGUACUUUACACGGGAUAUGCAUAAUUAA